AUAAAUAGAAGGAUUGAUUGCGAGGACUGUGCUUGUGUGACCCCCAAUGGUUUGUUACUGUUAUCAUUAACGAAGGAGAGCUACGAGACUUUGGGUUUGGAAGGAAGAGCGUCUCGUUAUACUGUCAAGCAACGUUAUAACAAUGCCCCAACAUCGUGCCGUACAGACGCUACAAUCUCUGAGCCUACAGGGUGUGGGAAUGCUAGUGGUCAGUCUGGCUCCUCGUAUUUUAGCCGACGUACGGAUGUGCUCGGAGCCACAAAAGGGGGUGGCGUGCCUUAAAAGAAGCUUAGAGCAUGUAGAGCAGCUGUUAACGUGUAACAUACCUUGCUAUUUAUACGAUUCGAUGGCCGUUCAAGUUUUGCGUGCCGUCAGAAAUCUCAUCGACAAAACCAAAAAGACCUACGACCAGUUUGCACCCAUGUCGGUUUUCCUGACCGAAAUGAACGUCGUCGUAAACCUCACGGAGGUCGUGCUCAAUCAGAAUCUUAAACAAAUUGAUUUCUCGUGCUGGCCGAAGAUUAUGCGAUACGUUCUGUACAAAAAUGUACAUAAAUUGACAGGACUCGAAGUAUUAAAUUUAGGAUCGUGUACUGUCGGUUGGCAUACGAGUGAUGGCGAUAGGUGUAUACUUGACGGUAUUGCCGAUAUGAAAAAUUUACGUUCACUCUGUUUGUGUUUCGAUUGUAGUGAUAGUGUCAUUCAAAUUUUGGCCGAUAAUUGCCUACAUUUACAAAGCUUAGAUGUAACGUCGUCACGAUCUGUUACCGAUCGCAGUGUUGCCUAUUUGUUAAAGUGCAAGGAGCUGCGACAGCUGCAAUUGCACCGUACCUCCGUUACUGUCGUCGGUUUCGCGCAGUUGCUUGUUGGUCUUCCAAAGUUGCAAGAUUUAGGGCGUUGUGACGAAUUCGGUGGCGUCGUUAAGUAUGUGCAUUUAAAUUACACAAACACUGGCCCUUUCGGCUUACGGAAAUUGCAAACACGUGAUUUGUCGACUGAAAGUUUGCGAUUUCUGGUUGCAAUGUGCCCGAAAGUUGAGCACGUCUGCUUGUUUCACGACGAGAAUAUAACCGAUUUUACAAUUUUGACAACUUUGGAUAACUUGAAAGAGUUGAAGUUGUCCUCGUGCGCAUUCUAUGCGCAUUUUGUUAAGCAGUUAUUAGAAAUACGGGGAUAUGGACUGACUAGUUUACACUUGGAGCACGUCGAAGAAAUCGAUUUGAACGCGAUCAUUCACAUAAGUCAGUGCUGCCCUCUUUUAGAGAAUCUAGUAUUGUACAACUGCGAUUUCGUCGAUCAACACAGCUCCUAUUCGAGGUUGAAAGUAAAACCGUACCAACACCUAGAACGUGUGUUUUGGGUGGUCGAUUGCGCCGUCAAUCAUUUAGAGUUCCUUUUAUCGCAUUCUGUUAAUAUUAAGUUCAUUCAUUUGGGUUCCUCAACAGGCGUUACGCAUUCCUCCAUUGUCAACAUACUAAGUGUAAACCCGAUGAGGCAUCUCGAAGAACUGAGAAUUCUGUACAGUUCCGACAUGAGUAUUAGGACCGUAGAGUUGUUAUUAGCUAGCUGUACUAAAUUGAGGGUUUUGUCCGAAUUGGAAAGUUGGCAGGGUAUUUCGAUGGACGAAUUGAAAGCUUUUCGUCAAUACAUAAAUUCAAAUAAUUUCGAUUUGGAUAUUAGUCCCACAUUGUCCUACUGACGCAAGUUUUUCAUAUAAGACCGUGUCUUAUAUAGGCUUUCCUUUGUUUUAUGUGAUUUUUGUUGUGACUUUUUGUUUAGGAGAAUUAUUUAUCUUUAGUUUAUGGGAGUAGUGUGUGGUAUAGCAACCAGAAUGUGUCUUGGUAUGCCACAAUAGCAAAUUUUUAUAAUCAUUGCGUAGAUAGUAUUUGUGUUUAGUGAAAGGAAAGAAAUUCAUUAAGUCCAUCUCACUAUUUCUUACUAUUAGUGAGAACUUGUACUGCUUUAAAUGUGUUUUUAUCCUCCAAUAUAUCUCACCACUAGAGGUUGGUUUCACAAAAGUUUGUUUGUGACUAAAAAAAAUGGCGGGUUGGCGCGUGGCUUCCAACUCAACAUGAAGCUUGUAAUUAAUUAAUUAUUAUUAUUUAAAAAAAAAACUAGGAGGAAUGUAAGAUAUGAUUAUGAUUGAUUAUUGGGAUUAAACUGGGGUCAACAAUGUCUAUAGGGUGGUCCAAGUUGGAUACUUUCGUAUGGAAACACCCUUUACUUUAAUAACAGAUAGAAAAAACCUAUGUGUCUGGAGCUCAAUUUUAAAAAGAGAUCACUGGCGAAAACAGAAUUCAGCUGUCUCUAAUCGUUUGGCUACUGGGGGGUGUUUCUCAAAUUUGGUCGAUUUAUAAUGCUCUAGAACUUGCUGUUAAAGAUAAGUGAUUUUCGCAAAAUAUUUUUUAUGUAGAAUCCAUCACAAUAGACAAUUUUAAUACAGAGUGUGCUGUUUUCUUACGGACCACCCUAUAUAUUUUGGAAUUUUUGAAAAGAUUGUGACAAAUCCUAAAAUCUUGUUAUAUUUAUAUUCAAUAUUAUUUUGCAAUAUUACAUACAUUACAGACAUCGAGGUACAUACAUUACAAUAGAUGGCAGGAUUGUUUUAAAACUACAAUUUCUUGAAUAUUUCGAAUUUUUUAUUAGUUCCAAAUAUUUUUAAUUUCACAUAACACACAAAAACAAUGACUCAAGGGCCUCUUUUUUCUAGAGUUCUGGUUGAGUAAGGUUCAAUUUAUUUUAUAUUAGACUGUACAGUGCGGAAAACUACAAAAAGGGAUACUUUCUGCAGCUGCUGCGCUGAUGGUGGUUAAAUUUGAUUUAAAAAAAUACAUCUUAGAUCUUCCGCCUCAAAUUUGAGUGCACAAAUUUUUUGAGCUGACAUUAUCUUCGUUGAGAGGAACUACAAUUGGGCUGGAUUUGAACAUUUUCAGAAAAUAGAUCAGUGAUUGUAUGUAAUGGUAUAGCUACCAUUAGAUUCAGGAAUUUUAAUGGCCACACUUUAACACCACAAACUAUUUGGUGAUUCCAAGGCGUUUCAGGAUUAACAGAUCUAGCAACCUCUAUACAAAAGUUUCUAUAAUAUGUGGCAUGUUAUUAAUAUUUCAGGUGCGGAAACGUUGUUUGCAUUGUAUGUUUUGACUGUUUGUCUGGUGUGUUGUACAGGGUCCGGCAAAAUGAUCUCUCACAUUUUAAUCUGUAAUAAAAACGCCAUUGUAAAUGUUA